AUGUCCGACGAACAGAAGACCGUCAACGCCGAGGCGACGCAGGAUGUCCAGAACGUUCUUGCUGAGCUGAAGGGCGACGGCGAGGCCCCCGCCAACGGUACCGAGAAGAAGGAGGAGCAGGCCCCUACAGAGGAUGCCGAGGAGGCUCGCAUUGUCGCCGCGGCCGCAAAGCUGGGCGAGGAGUCGGCGGAGGCUACAGAGAAGAAGGAAAACAAGACGCAGGAGCGCGAUUCGCGUAAAAACAACAACAGGGGCCGCAACGACCGGUUUAACAACCGUCGCAACAACGCCAAGUUCGACCCCAGCUCGCAGCAGAUCACGGACGACCCCGUCGAGAUCCGCAAGCAGGUCGAAUUCUACUUCUCCGACUCCAACCUGCCCAUGGACAAGUUCCUGCUCGGCAAGGUCGGCGGCAGCAGCAACCACGCCGUGCCCCUGGAGCUCCUGCACUCGUUCAAGCGCAUGCGCCGCUUCCAGCCCUUCAGCGCCAUCGUCGAGGCCCUCAAGACGUCCGAGACCCUGGAGCUGACCGACAAGGACACCGCCGUGCGUCGGAAGACCCCUCUGCCCGAGUCGGUGAAGGACUCGCACGACCCCAGCGUCGUCAAGGUGUUCGAGGACAAGGCCAUGGACCGCAGCAUCUACGUCAAGGGCUUCGGUGAGGAGGGCCCCACCACCCAGCUCGAGAUCGAAUCGUUCUUCGCGCCCUACGGCCCUACGAACGCCAUCCGUCUGCGUCGUGCGCAUGACAAGACCUUCAAGGGCAGCGUCUUCGUCGAGUUCGAGAACGAGGACAAGCAGAGGGCCUUCCUGGCCCUGGACCCCAAGCCCCAGUGGAAGGGCCAGGAUCUGUUGAUUAAGAGCAAGAAGGAGUACUGCGAGGAGAAGGUCCGCGACAUCGAGGCCGGCCGCAUCAAGCCCAGCAACGGCCGUGGCCGUGGGCGCGGUGGAUUCCGUGGUGGUCGUGGCCGGGGUCGCGGUGGCGGUGGCGAUGACAAGCGUGACUGGCGUGAGCGUCGCUCCGAGGACCAGAAGAAGGGCUUCGGUGAGCGCAAGGAGGUUCAGAAGGAUUCUCGUGGUGUCCCCGUGAUCCAGAGCACCUCGACCGAGUCGGGCCAGAAGCGUGGUCGCGAGGAAGAGUCCGCGAACGGCGAUCACCCUGCCAAGAAGGUUGACGCGAAGGAGUAA